AUGGCAAUAGACAAGUCCACAAAAUCGCAAAACUACGUUAAAAUUUUUAUGAGCAAAUAUCAUUCUUCUGAAGCCAUGAAACAAUGUGCAAGCAAUUACAAUGUGUUAGUUAUACAAUUUAAGAGUUCCUUACAAGAAUUGGUUGAAGAUCCAAUGAGCGCAAACUAUGAUGCCAAAGUUGCUGGCAAUGAACCCGUGAGGUGUGAAAGUUUUUUGGCUGAUGAAAAGAAAUUUGAUGUUUCAUCUAUUUCUACACUGAAUAAUGAGAUGUCGUUUCUUAGUGUUAUUGGAUAUUUAGCUACAAAUCAUCUUCUACACUAA